GGCGCGCCCCCGAGCCGCGGUCAGAGCGGCGGCGGUCAUGGCGGUGUGCGCACGGCUGUGCGGCGUGGGGCCGGCCCGCGGCUGCCGCCGGCGCGGCGCGGCGAGGGAGCAGCGCCGCGGCGCCGCCGACAGCGAGCCCGACACCGAUACGGACCCCGAGGAAGCGGGAGGUGGCGGCGUCACGGAGGACGAGGAGGCUGCGGAACGCAUUGAGGGCGGGCGGCCCCUUCCACCUUCUGUCGAGGCCGGCCCGGCCGGGCGGGCCCCGCUGUCCCUGUUGGAGCUGCCCCCGGAGCUCCUGGUGCAGAUCUUCGGCUCCUUACCCGGUACCGACCUGCCUAGCCUGGCCCGAGUCUGCACCACGUUCCGCCGCAUCCUCCGCACCGACACGAUCUGGCGGCGGCGCUGCCGCGAAGAAUAUGGAGUGUGUGAAAACCUGAGGAAGCUGGAGAUCACAGGAGUGUCCUGUCGAGAUGUUUACGCCAAACGUAUAAACCCUCGGGUGAAGUCGGGGCGUUUUAUGAAAAUCCUGCCCGACUACGAGCACAUGGAGUACAGAGAUGUUUACACCUGCCUGCUGCACCGGUACCGGCACAUCCUGGGACUGUGGCAGCCGGACAUCGGGCCCUACGGGGGACUGCUCAACGUGGUGGUGGAUGGUUUGUUUAUCAUUGGCUGGAUGUACCUGCCCCCUCACGACCCUCACGUGGAUGAUCCCAUGAGAUUCAAGCCCCUCUUCAGGAUCCACCUGAUGGAGAGGAAAUGUGCCACGGUGGAGUGCAUGUAUGGCCACAAGGGGCCUCAUAAUGGCCACAUCCAGAUUGUAAAGAAGGACGAGUUCUCCACCAAGUGCAACCAGACCGAUCACCACCGCAUGUCAGGGGGCAGGCAGGAGGAAUUCCGGACGUGGCUGAGGGAGGAGUGGGGUCGGACUCUGGAGGACAUUUUCCACGAACACAUGCAGGAGCUCAUCCUGAUGAAGUUCAUCUACACCAGCCAAUACGACAACUGCCUGACGUACCGGCGCAUCUACCUCCCCCCCAGCAGCCCCGACGACCUCAUCCAGCCUGGCCUCUUCAAGGGCACCUACGGGAGCCACGGGCUGGAGAUUGUCAUGCUCAGCUUCCAUGGCAAGAAAGCCAAGGGCACGAAGAUCACUGGAGAUCCCAACAUCCCAGCUGGACAGCAGACUGUGGAGAUAGACCUGGCACAUCCUCUGCAGCUGCCCGACAUCGAGAACCUGCACGACUUCAGCGAGCUGUCCCGCAUUGUGCUGGAGGUGCAGGAGCAGGUCCGGCGCGAGGAGCAGGAGCACGAGCAGCAGCAGCAGCAGGAAGAGGAGCAUUCCCAGCAGGCUGCCUCCCAGCCUGCCAGUCCCCUGGGAGGAGAAGGUGCUGAGGGGGAAGAGACUGCAGCUGGGGCAGAGGGGACGACCCAGGACAAGGCCCCAGCUUCCCAGCCCUUCGUGCUGCCCAUGGGAGUGAUAUCGAGGAACGAGGAUUAUCCCCGGACCUGCCGAAUCUGUUUCUACGGGACGGGGCUCAUCGCUGGCCACGGCUUCACCAGCCCCGAGAGGACGCCGGGCGUGUUCGUCCUGUUCGACGACGACCGCUUCGGCUUCAUCUGGCUGGAGCUCAAAUCCUUCAGCCUCUACAGCCGCAUCAAGGUCUCCUUCCAGAACGCCCAGGCGCCCUCCAGGGAGGCCUUUGAUGAGAUGCUCAAGAACAUUCAAUCCCUGGCGACCUGACGGGCGGUUGGUGAUGGACAGGGCUCGGGGUGGCAAAGGCUGCUGCGCUCCCCAGCCGGGGCUGGGCUGGGCAGUGCUGGCUCUCGGUACCUCUGGAUAGAAGCAUGCACUUUGAAUAAAGCCUUUUUCACCCCAAAUGUACACACAUCCCAGUUCAGACGUGCCCUUUCCUCUGUGCCGCUCCACGCUGCCUCCCAGCAGUCCUCAUUUCCCAGUCUGUGUUUGGAGAGCUGAAGGGAUCCUGCAGAGGAGGGGACAGACCUUCCUUAGUGCAAAAAAAAAAGAAUGUAUUGGGACAAAACCAACUUGUGGUCAGAGCUGGACAGAGGAACAGGCAUGAGAACAGGCAUCCUCCCCUCCAGAAACCUUUCUGUGGGUGCAGCACUGCCAGGAGAGGCUGGUGUGAUAUCUGCAUCCUUGGCUUGCCAGUUGGAGUGUGUGGUUUCCUCUGGAGAAUUCCUCAGCAAGGGCAGGAUCCCCUCUGCAGAUGAGUGUGUGCAGCACUGUCCUGGCUUCUGGAGCUUGAUGGAUGUGCUGUCCCUGCAGCUCCAGGUCUGGGUGUCUCCCUGAGACCAGAGAGGAUUUUUUUAUCUCCUUGCAGGAGCUGGCUGUGGGACUGGAGAUGGUGUAAACUGCAAAAAAAGCUCUGAUGUGUGCAGACUGGUUUGUACCUGAAAGGUUUUUGUUUUUUUUUUUUAAAUCUUGUACAUUGGGUCUGAAAAGGCACAGGAAGGAGCCAGAAGAAACCCAGCUGUGAGAUGAGCCCAGGAGGCUGCAGAUGGACAGCACAGGGUGCCACAUGUCACACGUGUCACUGUGUGACCCCAGGGGUGCCACUCCUGUUCAGGUUGCCCUUCAGAGUCCAGACAAGGGAUUGUCCUUGAAUUGUGUGGCUUGUUGUGGCUCAAGGAACGUUGGGUGCUGCUGCUCCACUCACAGGACCCUUCUUUCCCUUUCUGGUGGCACUUGUGUCAUCACAGGACCCUUCUUUCCCUUUCUGGUGGCACUUGUGUCAUCCCAGAUGAUUUUGUGGCAGACGUGAGCUCUGCUGGGAGUUGUGUGCUGCAGGCAAGGGAGCAGAUUCCCUUUGGGCUGUGCAGGAAAAUCCUGGCCAGUGCUGAUGGCAGGCUGUGAGCUGUGCUGGAAGCCAUCAGCACUAACACAACCCUGUGAUGACAAACUCCAGGCUCUUCUCUUCCCCCCAGAUCAGUGUCUAACAAAACCCUGCCUUGACGUCUCUGCAGUUUUAGGUCUGUAAAUGUGUCUGUACCUGUGCUGGGCAGUUUCAGGCCCCCUCUGUGGAGAAGUCUCAGUCCCUGCCUGGUUCCAGUGCCUGUGAGCAGCUUUUAUUCUCACUCUCACAAGGGCUUUUUGCCAUUUCUGCCUCUCUUGUUCCCUCAGCUGUGUGAGAGCCCAGGCUCCAGCAGAGACGAGGAGCAGCUCAUGUCACUCACAGGAUUAAUUCCUGUCUCUCUGGAUGGAGUUCUCCAAACCUCUGAGAAUUUCAAGGUGAUUUAGGGCACUUUCUGCUUUGUUUCCUGCAGCUUUGUGAGGAGUGGCUGCCUCAGUGUUGGGGCUGAGGAGCUGUUCCAGGCCUGGUGCAGGGAGGUUUGAGCAGCCCGUGGAGGUUUUCCUGCAGAGGGAAGGGCUGGCUGGGAUCACACAGGGCUGGGAGAGAGGGAGUGGCUGCUCUGUGCCUUGGUGAGGGGGCAGAGAGCUGAGCUGGAGCUGAAAUUGUGCCCCUCAGCCUGGUGCUGCAGCUGCUGAGCUCUGAGCAGAGCUGUGGGGUUUGCAGGCAGAGCUUUCCAGUGUGGUGCAGCUUCCUGGGACAGCUGGAGGUGUCCAGUGCUGGGUUAAUGGUUGGACUCGAUUUCAGAGGUCUUUUCCAACCUAAGUGAUUCUAGGACUUUAUUUGGUGUCUCAGUGGCCUGUUUAUCUUGGAAUUUGCUGUUAGGCUGCUGCAGUUCUGCCUUGUGUUCUCCCACAGGGAUGGGAGAUGUCCCCUUGGGCAGCUGUUCCCACUGCCUGUCCCCAAAAUCAGCUCUGCUUCAGCUGGAUCCACAGCUCUGAUUGCAGAUUCCUUCCCACUAUCCCCACCCAAAAAAAAAUCCUGAAGUUUUACACGGCUGACUUGAUAAUUUUUACUUUUAGCUUUUAAAUUAUGAUUUUUCUUUUUUUUAAUGGAGAUUAAAAUCCAGAUUGCAUUGAUUGCCCUGCAAGUACCUGAGGGCUUGGGUCACUCUGCCAAGUACUGACCUCUCUGUAGCCUCUGUCCUUUGUCACCUGGGCAAGGUGUCACCUGUUUGCUGUUGGCACAGGUUGUGCAUCUCCUCCAGGCUUCUUGUCCCUUCUGAACCUUUCCAGUGGCAGUGCCAAGGGUCUCCUGAAGGCCAGACCUGCUUGGCUGGCUGGGGAGAAGGGUUUUGGUGGAGGCUGAUGCCUUGUGGGAUUUUCCCAGCUCUGCCUUGUCCCUGUAGUGGCAUCUUUUUAUUCAUAAUUCACCUGGCUGGCCUCAAAAUGUCAGGAUAAUUCCUGAUUAAAGGCAGAACUGCUGGUACCUCCAGGCUUCGUUCUGUCUGGAGCAAAGGAAAUAGCAAGUUUUGUAUUAAUAUUCCUCCUCUGAUGCCUUUUCUCACCUUCUGCUGCUCCAAGCCUGGCAGGCUUUUGUGGCAUUUCAGAAGAAAAUUCCCUCUGCUUUGGCUGAGGAAAGCUGUGAAGGUGGAUUUGGGAAUUCUGGGGAUGCUCCUGUGCCUGAUCCUUUGCGUGGCUCUGUCAGUGCUUCCAGAGCAAAGCAGGGUAACGUGGAAUUAAAACUCCCAGCUCUGGAAUCUUUAGGAAAGGGGAGACAGAUGCAGGAGCAGGGUUUGGAUCUGAUCACCCCUGGCUGAGGAGAUGCUCCUCCUUCCCAGUCCUUUCCUGGUGGGAGCUGUGCUGACAGGACAGGGCUUUGCUCUGCUCGUGUUUGGCGCAGCCUGUUCCACCCCUGCCCAGCACUGCGCUCCCUCUGCUUUCCCAAAUCCCGGUUUUCCAGCCCGCUGGGAUCUGUGGGAGCUGUUGACAGGGAUAAUGUGUGCUGGGGCCCUGCAGAUGGUGAUCAAUCUCUGCCGCCGACGUCUCCUCGUCCUUUUGGCUCUGCAGGAAAUCUCGGGGACAAUUGGCUGCAUUUCUUCAUCCCAGAUGGGUGGGAAGUGCUGGCGAGGAUGGAAAACAACUUGUCAGGAGUGGGAAUGCUCUUGGCAGGAGCCUUUUGGAUUAAACAAAGCCUUUGCAGGGAGGUUGCAGAGCCCCAGUGGCCACUGCAAGACCUGGAGCUGAAUUCUGGCUCGGGGACAAGUGUCUGGUUCUGUGCUGGGGACGGUUCUGCUCCUCCAUCCCGCUCCCUGUGUUGUCAAAACACACGGAUUUGGCCAGCUGGAAAACGGGAACAUCAAAGCUCCGGUUUGUUUGCCUUGGGCCUGAUUUAAGAGCUGUGAAUGUGCUGUGAGUGUGCUGUGCUCAGACGGGCUGCCCUCCGCGGGGAUUUGUCAGGCUGGGUUUUACUGGGGAGGAGGAAUAAGGAUGGAAUUGUGUGUAAAUUUGGGUGUCAGCUCCAUUGUGGAAUGGGACAGCAGCAGGGGGAGGGCAAUUCCUUAGGGAAUGUGUGCAGGGGAGAAAGGGAAUUCUGUCCAAACGUGCCCGGAGGUGUCAGCUCCCAGGAAAAGCCCAAACCGCAGCUGGCUCAGUGUUUACUUCUCAACAAGGAUGACUUUUUCUUGCUUUUUAUCAAUUCAAACCUAGUGGGACUCGAUGGGAGUGCUGGGUGUUGUGUGGAAAUGGGUUGUUUAGGCUCACCUUGCUAGUUUAGGGAAUGGUGAUGUGUUAACUCUGUCUUGUGGCCGAUAAUCCUCUGUGGUGUGCAGCUGCCAAAGGCUCGUGCUGCCCUUAGCAGUGGGGCAGGGAAUUAUUUGGGAUGUGGAGCGGAAGGGAGAGGUACCAAACUGUGAGUGCCACUGACCUUUGGGUGCUUUGUGUGCUGAAUUAAAACGUGUGGUUCUGGUUUUUGUUUGGAUUGCAGUUUUUGGAACUUCUGAGGCGAAGAGCACUUGGCUCGACUGUGUUCAUUAGCUUAAUUAAAGCAAUCUGCACUUUUGUUUUGUCAUUGAUUACUCCCCCUUCCCUGUUCCCAUGUGUGUUUUGCACUCACCACUUUAUCAUGACACUGAUGGAUUCAUCUGGGCAUUUCCUGUGGGUUUUGAGUGUGGGUAAGUCUCUAUGAAAGUAUUAAAAAGGAGGUGAAACAUAAAUCUCAGCUUUGUACAGAGGGCAGGGGGAGGAAACCACUGGACAUCCACCACCACGAAUAUCCACGUGGAACAUGAGAGGUUGUACUUUACCCACCUCACCUGUCCGGGGGCUGGGGGUUUGCCAGUCCUUUCCGUGGUGGCUUUGGGAGGAAUGGGAUGUAUAAAAUCAACACCUGGCCUACUUCACCCCUGGUUUUGGAAAGCUGAGCAAGCCCUGUGUAUUACUUUUACACCUGAUCAUUGUUACCCAAGGAGCCUUUUCCAGUUUCAAAUAAUAAAAAGCAAAGUUUUGUGAA